AUGGGGAGAGGUAGGGUUGAGCUGAAGAGGAUAGAGAACAAGAUCAACAGGCAAGUGACCUUCGCCAAGCGGAGAAAUGGCCUUUUGAAGAAAGCUUACGAGCUUUCCGUUCUUUGCGACGCUGAGGUCGCUCUGAUCAUCUUCUCCAAUAGAGGAAAGCUGUACGAGUUCUGCAGUAGCUCGAGGUAA